GAAGAUAUAAAAAACUGAUUAUAAUGAAACGAACACACAUGUAUUGUUUAUUUGUGAUCACACAGCAGAGAUAAAACUAUUCUGCUCUUUAUUUCACGAUGUAUCUGAACCGUGCGAGACAAGAUGCUAACACCCUCCUCGUUUCCGGUUGACCCGGAAGUUAUCCGGGCUUGUUUACAUUCUCAGAGGGAGGAGAGAAACGUCACCAGCUUCCGCUCCAGAACAACAAUGUCUGACACGCUGGGUUUUCGUGUUUGUUAACGUUUCCUCCGUGUCGCCUCGGACCAUGGCUCCUUCUCUCCGCCGCCGCUGCUGCUGCUGCCUCUGGGUCGCGCUGCCGCUGCUCGGGCAGCUGGUGGCGGCGGAGCUGCUCGCUCAGGUGGAGGUUUUCCUGGAGCAGCGGCCCGGGGUCAGCGCUCUGCUCCAGGGGGAGGUGGUGGAGCCGAGCGGCGGCGGCGGCAGGAGCCCCGAGCCCCGGGAGGAGCUGGACGGGGAGCUGGUCCUGGUUCAAGAUGAGGAGUCGCAGGUGAGCGGAGGGAAAGCGGAGGAGGACGCCAGCGAGCAGGAGCCGUGGAUCGGGCUGGUUCCCGUGGAGAUGGACGACAGCAAAGCCUCCACUGGGAACCAGGAGUCCUUCACUGAUGCAAUGGUGAAUAAAAUGAAGCGAGCCCUGGUCCUCGGAGCUUCAGCGCUGAUCAUUCUGGCUCUCAACCAGAACACCGUCAGUGAGAUGGAUCUUUCUCAGGUUCUGUCGAAGCCCAUCAUCGUGAUCCAGACGUCUGAAAAUGUCACUAAGCUGAUCGGCGCUCUGCUCAGGGGCCUUCAGGCGACAGCGAAAAUCACGUACAAGACGAUCCUGCAGGACAACUUGGGCGCCACGCUCACGCUGUGGUCCAGCUGCGGGCGAUCGAGAGGCGGGCGCUACGGAGAGUGGCAGGGGGUCAUCUGCACGGGAGAGACCAACUCUCAGGUCCAGAAAUACCUGCAGCAGUUGUGGGACACUGUCCUCCUGGUGGCGCUGAUCAUCAGCACCGGAGUCAUCGUUCAGGCCCGUUGGCAGUACCAGGACCACGAGCUCAACGACGACCUGGAGCUGCUUCCCAAACAGGACGUCCUGAAGAGGAUGUCGUCUCUGAAGACCAAAACGUAUCGUCAGCCCAAACCCUGGUGUGACCCGUCCCAGCCGGUGGAGACGGACAACUGUGCCGUCUGUCUGGAGCCGUUCAACAACAACCAGUGUCUGCGCGUGUUGCCGUGUUCUCACGAGUACCACAGAGAGUGUGUGGACCCCUGGCUGCUGCUGCAACACACGUGUCCUCUGUGCAAACGCAGCAUCCUCA